CAAAUCAGUCAUCGGUAACACUUCAAACGAAGCUAACAUGGACUUUUAUUACUAUCCCGGUUCAUCAAUUUGUCGCUCCAUUAUUAUGGCAGCUAAAGUUUUGGGAUUAGAGCUAAAUCGAAAAGUGCUCGAUACUACCGGAGGACAACAAUUGAAUGCUGAAUUUGUGAAAAUAAAUCCCCAGCAUACAAUUCCAACAAUUGUUGACAAUGGCUUUGUAUUAUGGGAGUCGCGUGCUAUACUUAUAUAUCUGGCAGAGCAAUACGGCAAAGAUGAUUCCCUUUAUCCCAAUGAUCCUCAGCAAAAGGCCGUGGUUAAUCAAUGUCUUUACUUUGAUAUGAAUACAUUGUAUCCCAGUUUUGUCAAGUAUUAUCCACCACAAUAUCGUGGAUCGCCUGCUGAUCCAGAAGCGUUUAAGAAAAUUGAAUCAACUUUUGAACUAUUGAACACUUUUUUGGAGAAUCAACUGUAUUUGGGUAAGGGUGAUAAGCCGACAGUAGCCGAUAUAGCCUGCCUGUCCAGCGUUUCAACAUUUGAUGCAGCUGGAUUUGAUUUGAGCAAAUAUGAAAACGUUCACAAAUGGUAUUUAAAUGCCCAGAAAGUGAUUGCUGGAUGGGAUGAAAACUGGUCGCAAUUAAUGGAGUUAAAAAAGCGCAAAGUGGAUGCGAGAAGAACUACAAAAUAAUCCAAAAGCAAAACAAAAUGUUUAUUCAAAAAAAAUAUAUAUAUUAUUCCUAAACUUAAAUUUCCUCAUUUCUGAAAUGAAUCAUGCCUCGACCGAUUUGAAUUUCAAUAACAUUAAAUUCAUUUGGAUUAUUUUCUAAAGCGUAGAAAAUAAAACAUGAACUAAACAUUUCAUUCAAAUAACCAGUCAAGUGAAUUAAGUAGUAUUAAACAUGAACUAAAUUCGGGCUGGAAUAUUUUUGGUUUAACAUCUUAAACAGCAAUAAAAUUA